AUGGAAAGCUCACAUUCCAAUUCAAACAAUCUUCACCAUAGCCAGAAUAACGGUGGCAAUAAUAACACUAACAAUAACAAUAGUAAGCCGCCGAGGAGGUUUUUCAAAAGUAACAGUAACGUGAGCAAUAGAUCGAUGUCAUUGUCGGACACUGAAUCUCAAUUUGAGUCUUUCCAUUCUCCUCUCCGAUCGGAAUCUCCCCUCCGAUCCGAUGAUCCGAUUUUCAAGUCUUCCCCUCCUUCUUCCAAUUCCAAACAAAUUGUUUCUGUUCCGGUUGAUAAGUACUACUCCCCACUCCGGUCACCGAAAAAGCCAACUUCCGGCAAUUCCAGCUUUGCCACGACGCCCAUGACUGAACCGCCGACGCCUUCUCCAUCUGGGUUGGUGAUGUUUAAUCGGUCCGUGAAGGAUGGUGUGCCGCCGGGGGUGGAGAAGGUUGAGAUGGGGCUGGGUGGCGGUGGUGGCGGUGGUGUUGCCGGCCAGAAGCCUCACCGGCAAAAAAAGGAUUUAUUGGUGAAGAAGGCAGCGUUAGGGUUCAGGCUUUGCCAAGUGAUUUUGUGCGUGAUUGCUUUCUCUGUUAUGGCUGCUGAUAAAACUCAGGGUUGGAGUGGCGAUUCAUUUGAUCGCUACAAAGAAUACAGGUAUUUGGUGGCUGUGAAUGUUAUUGGAUUUGUCUAUGCAGCAUUUCAAGCUUGUGAUUUAGCGUGUUAUUUGCCCACUGGGAAUCAGAUCAUUGCAAUCCCGCUACGCAAUCACUUUGACUUCUCAAUUGAUCAGGUACUUGCAUAUCUUCUUAUGUCGGCAUCUUCAUCGGCAGCAACCAGGGUUGAUGAUUGGGUUUCUAAUUGGGGUAAAGAUGAGUUCACUGAGAUGGCCAGCGCAGCCAUCAGCAUGUCAUUCCUGGCGUUUUUUGCAUUUGCCCUGAGCUCUCUCAUGUCUGGUUAUUUCCUUUGCAGUCAGGACACUACUUGA